AUGGCGACAAUUAGAGCUUCAAGGGCUGCUUUGAGGCUGUCCAAAUGCGCAUCGAGGCUACGCUGCCAUCCCUCUUCCCACCCUGUCGGAGCUGCCAUUCGAGGCAUUGCAACGCAUUGUGCGCCGCACCAGGCCAACGCAAUAUCAGUCCUACCGUCAAUUGUCGACCCGUCGUCUGAGGAGUACAAAGAAAAUGCUAAACAGAUGGGAUAUGUCAUGGCGAAGCUGGAAGAACUCACAAGGAAGAUACACGAAGGGGGUCCGGCGAAAGCACGAGAGAAGCACAUUGCGAGGAAGAAGAUGCUCCCAAGAGACCGAGUCACAGCUUUGAUUGAUCCUGGAACCUCGUUCUUGGAGCUCUCUGCCUUGGCUGGCCACGGGCUGUAUCCCGAAGCUGAGGUACCUGCCGGUGGGAUUAUAACUGGAGUUGGGGUCAUCGAAGGAGUGACUUGUGUGAUUGUUGCGAACGACAGCACGGUGAAGGGCGGCACUUAUUACCCGAUUACUGUCAAAAAACAUUUGCGAGCACAGGCAAUUGCUCAAGAAAACCAUCUCCCUUGCGUGUAUCUCGUUGAUUCUGGCGGUGCCAAUCUCCCACAUCAAGCUGAUGUCUUCCCUGACCGGGAGCACUUUGGAAGAAUAUUUUACAAUCAAGCCAGGAUGAGCUCCUUAGGGAUACCACAAAUAUCAGUGGUUAUGGGUCCCUGCACAGCGGGCGGUGCAUAUGUCCCAGCCAUGUCAGACGAGAGCAUAAUUGUUGAUGGCCAGGGCCAUAUUUUUCUUGCUGGACCACCCCUAGUCAAAGCUGCCACUGGUGAGGUGGUGAGCGCUGAAGAUCUUGGAGGUGGGAAAAUGCACAGCUCAGUGUCGGGUGUGACGGACUACCUGGCUGUUGACGAUUCACAUGCUCUUGUUCUUGCUCGACGCUCCAUCAGCAACCUGAACUGGCCAACGAAGUCGUUUCCACCACCUACAACCUACGAGGAGCCUUUAUACGACGUAGAAGAGCUUGUUGGGAUCGCAAGUACCAAUUUACGGCGGCCGUUACCAAUACAUGAAAUUAUUGCCCGAAUUGUGGACGGUAGUGUCUUUUCCGAAUUCAAAAGAGACUAUGGCAGCACCCUCGUCACUGGCUUUGGCCACAUUUACGGUCAUAAAGUCGGCAUAGUUGCCAAUAACGGCAUUUUGUUCAGCACUUCCUCUUUAAAAGGGGCACAUUUUAUCGAGCUCUGCUGCCAACGACAAAUACCUUUGAUAUUUCUUCAAAACAUCAGCGGGUUCAUGGUUGGUACCGAUGCAGAGCGGGAAGGCAUUGCCAAGAACGGGGCCAAGCUGGUUACUGCUGUGGCUUGCGCCAAUGUUCCCAAGUUUACUGUUGUGGUAGGCGCCUCGAAUGGAGCAGGGAAUUAUGGGAUGUGUGGGAGAGCUUACGGACCGAGAUUCUUGUGGAUGUGGCCAAACGCCAAGAUUGGUGUUAUGGGCUCCGAGCAGCUGACAGCUGUCAUGGAGACAGUUGGCAAAGCUGUAGAUCCUGAGCUCAAAGCUAGGAUUGAGAGGGAGAGCGAAGCUGUAUUUUCCUCUGCAAGGUUAUGGGAUGAUGGUGUAAUACCUCCAAGUCAUACCAGACGUGUGCUUGGAUUAGGCUUAAUGGCUGCAAUGGGUGGGAAGAAUGAGCCCGUGCCAACGAAAUUUGGCAUUUUUAGAAUGUAG